UUCAAUAGAAUUUAAGUAGCUGGGAGUCAGCUGACUUGUCGUGCUCUAAACAUCAACAUAAAUAUGUCACCAAAGAAUAACCACGAUCCGACGUCCUCUGGCGACUCCAGCAACCAAAAUGUACAGGAAGCCGAUCUGCAGGAAAUGGAGGAGGUAAAUCAGAGUCUUGACGCCCUUAGUUGCGCCUUGGAUGCGUUUGAGCAGCGUACCGACGAUAUAAUGACUCAGCUUCGCGAGCUGCUGGACUCGAAUCGUGAGAUUCGCCGUCAGUUAGCGGAAGAGAAAAGCAGUGCUAUCGAAGGAAAAGACGAAUCCAACGAUGAUGAUGAAAUGAUGGACAAAGAGGAGAAUAAUCUAAGAAAGUCCAGUGCUGAAUAAAUCAUAUUGUUUUUGUUUUGUUUGUACUAUCUGUUUGUUUCAGUGCAUGAUAUGCAAGCACAAUUGUAUUAUUGGUUUAUAAAUUAAGAAAAUACAAAAUAUAGCAAAUUUACAGAAAAUGUU